GCCUGCCGGAGCCGCCGGGUGCGCGCCGCGCGCCGAGUGUCAGCAGAGGCUGCAGCCUUCCCGGCCUCCGCAGCCUCCUCACCAGGCUCAGCUUGCUCCACCUGCCCCUGGGCGGUGGGCUUCUUUCUUCCUCGGAGCCUCUCCCUGCCCUCUCUGCUGGCACGCACACGCUGUCCUUGCUUCAGCGCUCCUGCACCCAGGGCUGGGGGAGCGCCGGGGAGCCGGGGCCUGUGGGAUCCCUGCACAGAGCCACCAUGGCCUCUGACGCCGAGAGCUGCCACCGGCCAAGGCUUUGAUGUCGCUGCCCACGGCUUGCCAGGAUACUGGGGCUGCAGGAGAGGGGACUCGCUGAGGUUCCCAGCGACCUGACCGCAGAGGAGCGUCAAGAACUGGAGAACAUUCGGCGGAGGAAGCAGGAGCUGCUGGCGGACAUUCAGAGGCUGAAGGAGGAGAUAGCAGAAGUUGCUAAUGAGAUUGAAAACCUGGGAUCCACAGAGGAGAGGAAAAACAUGCAGAGGAACAAACAGGUAGCCAUGGGCAGGAAGAAAUUCAACAUGGACCCUAAGAAGGGGAUCCAGUUCUUGAUAGAGAAUGACCUGCUGAAGGACACCUGUGAGGACAUCGCCCAGUUCCUGUACAAGGGGGAGGGCCUCAACAAAACGGCCAUCGGCGACUACCUGGGGGAGAGGGACGAGUUCAACCUCCAGGUCCUGCACGCCUUCGUGGAGCUGCACGAGUUCACCGACCUGAACCUCGUCCAGGCCUUGCGGCAGUUCCUGUGGAGCUUCCGGCUCCCCGGAGAGGCGCAGAAAAUCGACCGCAUGAUGGAGGCCUUUGCCCAGCGGUACUGCCAGUGCAACUCGGGCGUGUUCCAGUCCACGGACACCUGCUACGUCCUGUCCUUCGCCAUCAUCAUGCUCAACACCAGCCUGCACAACCCCAACGUCAAGGACAAGCCCACCGUGGAGCGCUUCAUCGCCAUGAAUCGGGGCAUCAACGACGGGGGGGACCUGCCUGAGGAGCUGCUCCGGAAUCUGUACGAGAGCAUAAAAAACGAGCCCUUUAAGAUCCCAGAGGAUGACGGGAAUGACCUCACUCACACCUUCUUCAACCCAGACCGAGAGGGCUGGCUGCUGAAGCUCGGAGGUGGCAGGGUCAAGACCUGGAAGAGGCGCUGGUUCAUCCUGACUGACAACUGCCUUUACUACUUUGAAUACACCACGGAUAAGGAGCCCCGGGGGAUCAUCCCUUUGGAGAACCUGAGCAUCCGGGAGGUGGAGGACUCCAAGAAGCCAAACUGCUUUGAGCUUUACAUCCCUGACAAUAAAGACCAGGUGAUCAAGGCCUGUAAGACGGAGGCCGACGGGCGCGUGGUGGAAGGGAACCACACCGUGUACCGGAUCUCGGCCCCCACGCCCGAGGAGAAGGAGGAGUGGAUCAAGUGCAUGAAAGCAGCCAUCAGCAGGGACCCUUUCUACGAGAUGCUUGCAGCGCGGAAAAAGAAAGUCUCCUCCACGAAGAGACACUAGCACUACCAGGACGUCACCUUCGUCACCCUCGAAGCUCCAGCCCUCCUCCCGCCUCAUGAGGGCGAGGGGAGCCACCUGCCCGCCUUCCUGCAGACUGGCUUCAGCUUCUGCGGCUUUCUCUCAGGGGAGAUGGGUGGGUGGCUGUCGCGGGGAAGGGCCUGGCGCCUGCCAAGCAUGGGUCCCUGGUGCUCCCUCCCAGUGCAGAGGCCCACUCCUGUCAGUCCUUCCCAGGAGCAGCUCCGGCCUGCACUUGAACCUACUUAGGGAUGUGUCAGUGCUUAAGAACGGAGGACAGGAAGAGAAGCCACGAACUACAAAGAUCUAUUUUUUUCUUUUUUAACAACACAGUGCUACAUUCUGCCCACCCAAGGAGGGCCCCUGUGCUGCUGCGGGGUCCUCCGGCAGGGCCAGCCAGCUGCCUGCUGAGCCUCUGGGAGUCUCUGCCUGGUGGCUUCCCUGGGCGACAGGGCUGAAGCGAGGGCUGCGGCAGGAGGGCCCUGGGCACAGCAGUGCGCGUGCAGGGCAGCGGGCAUGGGCAGGCCGAGCUGCGGCCCCAGUGCCUGGGCACCAAGCAGAGGAGAGCGCUGAUGGACCCUAUUGUCUUUCUCCCUAGAGUCCGAGGCUUGCUGGGCUUUAGUAGGAAGUCUGCGUUUUCCUUGAACUAAAUACCUAAUAACCAAAACUGUGAGCAGGUUGUCCCAUCUGUCCUGGAUGCCUGCCGGUUCCCGCCCGCUUUUUUCUUUCUCCUUCCCCAAACUCCGCUCCUCGUUCUAGAGGAAGGAGUAGGUCUUACCUGAUCCCUGUUGGCCUUCAGCCUUUCUGCCUCAAAAUUGGCCCCAACUGGACUAUUCUGGUGGCUCUGUGGCAGUCUCCAGAGGGGCAGGCCCUGGUCUGCUCAGCAGGGUGCAGUGGAGCGGUGGGGCCAGCCUGCCUCUCCUCCUCCCCGUGUUGGGAGUGGGCCUGGCGCCCCUGGCUCCCCUCGGCACUCUCCUGCCGUUCUCUCAGGGACUCUCAAGGGCAGCUCCGGCCACAGGCCAGGGCCAGCGUGCCAGUCCAGGCAAAGCAGGUGGCGGCCGCCCCUCCGCAUGCCCCUCCAGGUGCCAAGGGCAGGCUGUGUAGAGCCGCUCCAGCAGGCAGAGACAGGGACCUGGUGGGCUGAGGCCUGGCUCCUGGCCCUGCGGCCCUGCGUUGGUGGGGCUGGGGCAGCCUGCCCGGCCUGAGCCCCGCUGGGAGCUCCAGGCACUUCAGCAGGAGUCUGUGAAGGUGACAGUGGCAAGAGGGGUCCAGGCUGGAAACCUGAGCUCUCUGGAGAACCGGGCAGGGCCCGCCAAAGUGGGGAUGGUCAGGGCCAGCGCUGG